GAAGUGCAUGGAGGGCAGCUCCAACCUGCUCCAGCGAAACGUUAAUAGACUCAGAACGAAAAUAAAGACACUGGUCCCGGCUCAAGAGCGGCUCGGCGGAUCGGAUUGUGGACGGCGAGGAGAUCUUCGAAAUAACUCCGCGGAAAGAGAGAGUGAAAGAGACAACGGGGAGAAGAGAAAAGAGAGAGGGAGAGCCCGAGGGGUGGCCGGGAGGAGAGAUAGUAGUAAAGUAGAAAUUUUAAACAAGACGAAGCCGCGCUCCGGAGACUCCCGAACUCGUCCGAAGUUAAAUAUAAACUUGUAAAAACUAUACACAAAGUUAUCCCUACAUCUAUUUGCCCCUUUUUUAAUCCGAUUUCGGCCACUUACUGUCGCGUGCAUUUUUUUUCCGCUCGGAUAGUUGCAGCUCCGACCGCCGCCGCCGCCACCGCGCUACGAGAGUGCCUCCUCCACGUGUUUCGCAUCUCGUCCACGUUCACUUCUUUCUGAUAACUUGCUUUCCCAUUUUUAAAAAACAAAGUUUAAAAAAAAUUUAAAGAAUUUACCGCGGGCGGCACCAGAAUUUUCCAAUUAUUUUCGGCAAUUUUCCGGCUUUUCACGAAUUUCGCGAAGUGCUCUAUCCUCAUGGUAUUGCCCCCAGUGCGAGUUGAACGAUUAACCCUGGACGUUUUCGGAUACCUACAUCUAUAAGUAUGCAAAAUGUAUUUGAAGAUGAUGUAAGCGGCCUGGCGUGAAAGGAAAUCGAAAGAAACUAAAUUAUGUGUAGAAAAUUCAAGUUUAAAUCGAAAACGGAUUUCACAAGCCAUUUGCUGUCCCCAAAAUACCGAGUUAAAGUACUCGACAGGUCUACGCUGACUAUUCGCGGAGUGCCAUCCAAAAUAAUCAUCGAGUUAUUCUCGUUAUGAAUAUAUAAUUUUUGAAAUCCACACUGCCACCUUGUGUUCAUACAAAAUUCUGGUGUAAAGUUCAUUUUCAAUCGAUUGCUCAUUUAUAAAUUUCUAUGAAGAAUGUACAAUCUGGUAGAUCGCGCUAUCUCAAUCAUCAAUUUCAGGAAAUCCCCAUUCGUAUACCUAGCAGGAGGUGAUGAGCUGUUCGAUCUCACCUAUACGAAAAGGUUUAAACGCCAGAGAAAGUGUCCACAUCGAUAUUGAAAUGGGAUGAUGCUCAAAGUUAUUCGGCUUCUGGCCGAUAAGAACAAUCGAUCGAGCUUAUUUAUUUUUUAUACCAAAAUAUUAGGUUUACUACAACCGUAGUAGUAAAAAAAAGUCUUAAUUCUUAGUGCGCGGUUCGUUGAGUGUUCAAAGAAAGUGACUAAGCAUUGAGUGUUCGAUCUGAGUACAGCACCAGAGAUUUGUCGGUUGAUCUCGUUCUGAAAUUUCGGUGUUUGAUUCAAGAUGUGAUUAAAAAAUAUCUUUUUACGGUUACGAGUGAAGAAGACAAUGGAGAAUGUGUCGAUGUGUUGGGCGUGCAUUUAUCUACGUAUAAUGUAAUACGAUUGAAAACUUAUCCGCACAUGAUAAUGACCCAGGCUGUUGACUGCACCGCUUGCUCAACAUUUAACAAUAUCAUUUAAAGAAAAGUGUUAGUAAAAUACAUUAAAUACAUAGAUUUUUCUUAAAAAAUUUGAGGAGAGAAUACACACGCUCUGAGCUAUCCAAUCACGAGUCAACCGAUUGGAAAGAGGAGGCGUAUCUCUCAAAAAAUCAUUCACCAACACAAACCCGUAGGUAAAAGUUCUCUUCAUUCACCAGUAAAACCCGAAGAUUAAAGCAGGCCUUUUAAGAGAAUAUGUGAAUUUUCUGCCAUUAAAAAGUUACUGACCCUCAAAAAGAGUCAUGCGUAGAGAUAGUAAGUGCGUUAGAAUUCAAACUGCAAAGAUUACAUCACAUGCAUGAACACAUCCAAUUACUCGAUGGUUGGAACUAUUUAUAUUGACCAGUGAAGUAAAUAUCACAAAAUUGGACCAGUAGAGUAAGGAGCUGUUAUUCAAGCUCGAAUUUAGGGGAGAUAGUUUUAAAUAUAAAUGAAUAAGACACUAAGAACUAUUUAGAUUGACCAGUGAGGUAAAUAUCACAAAAUUGGACCAGUAGAGUAAGGAGCUGUUAUUCAAGCUUGAAUUUAGGGGCAAUAGUUUUAAAUAUAAAUGAAUAAGACACUGAUAAAGGUGGUUAAAAAGUCGAGGAGGUAGACGAGAUUGGGGGAAAGGAUCGAGUUAGAAUCGAGGGAGGAAUGGGUUAGGCGAGGUGGUGCGUGCCGAUAGCAAUGCUGGACGUGUUCCGGGGUUUGAAGAACCUAGUGAAAGUCUCGCACGUGCACAUCGACAGCCCCGUGUUCCGGCUCCACUACAGCAUCACGGUGAUGAUCCUGGUGGCGUUCUCGCUGAUCGUCACGACGCGGCAGUACGUGGGCAACCCCAUCGACUGCGUCCACACCAAGGACAUCCCCGAGGACGUGCUCAACACGUACUGCUGGAUCCACUCCACCUACACGAUCCGCUCGGCGUUCAAGAAGAAGGUCGGCACUCAGGUCCCGUACCCUGGCGUCGACAAUUCCAAGGGCAAGCUCGAGGAUAGGAAGUCCUACGGCUACUACCAAUGGGUCUGCUUCUGUCUCUUUUUCCAGGCGAUAUUAUUUUACACACCACGCUGGCUGUGGAAACAUUGGGAAGGGGGCAAAAUUCACGCAUUGAUGAUGGAUUUGGACAUCGGAAUAUGUUCGGAGGUUGAGAAGAAGCAGAAGAAAAAGCUUUUACUGGAUUAUCUGUGGGAGAACCUCAAGUAUCAUAACUGGUGGGCUUAUAGGUAUUACCUCUGCGAAGUUCUUGCCCUUCUUAAUGUAAUAGGUCAAAUGUACAUGAUGAACCGGUUUUUCGACGGGGCGUUUCUGACGUUCGGCAUUGACGUGCUCACGUUCAUGGAGGACGACCAGGAGGAGCGGAUCGAUCCGAUGAUCUUCAUUUUCCCGAGGAUGACCAAAUGCACAUUCCAUAAGUACGGCGUCUCCGGCGAGGUCGAGCGCCACGACGCCAUCUGUAUCCUUCCGUUGAACGUCGUCAACGAGAAAAUUUACGUCUUUCUAUGGUUCUGGUUCCUAAUACUCGGUAUCCUGACCUCCGGAGUUGUUCUGUAUAGGUUCGUGAUAAUCCUGAGCCCGCGGAUGCGGGUGUACCUCCUGCGGAUGCGGUUCCGGUUGAUCCGGCGGGAGGCCAUCGACACGAUCGUGCGGAGCUCCAAGAUGGGCGACUGGUUCCUCCUCUUCAUGCUCGGCGAGAACAUCGACUCCGUCAUCUUCCGCGACGUCAUGCACGAGCUCGCCGCCCGCCUCCACACCCACACCAAGACCGCCGACGCCCACGUCCAGCACGCCUAGCCAUCGCCUCCGCCUUCCGCCCAAGACAAAAGGUGGAAUGUGGAGGUAAAAGCGACAUCACCAAUGUCAGACUGGAAGGCAGUACUUUAAAAAACAACGAGAGUGAGCAUGGUUUGCCACUGGUCGAGCGGGUCGAAACCGCUAUCGCUCUGAGCAUCUACUAGGCAGUGGCGUGGCGUGCUUUGCGAUAUAUCGAUUGUUUUGCCAUUUAAACCUAAGGAAAAGGAUCGAUUAACAGGGUGUUCGCAGCGAACAUCUUAAAAAUCGAUUCUUUACCAUAGGUUUAAAUGGCAUAGCAAUCGAUACAUCGCAAUUCACGCCACGCUACCGGGACAAGUAGCACAAGGGUGAAGCUACCUCGAGUACCUUGUGACUGUUGUUUCAAACUCAGCGUAAAAAAGUCUCUGGAAAUACAUCCGAAAUGUACUAAAUAAUGCCGCACAGACUUAUGAGGAAAAAAUGUGCUUUAUAUCGGGCAUAACGCUAGUACAUGCACGAAGAAAAAAGGGUCGUUGGUCCUACAUAAUGCUCAUAAUGGAAUCUCGGUCCUACUUACUUUUCUGCUCAUAGUUAAAAUGUUUCUUUCACGGUUGCAUUAUGUCGGCCUUGGUAACAAUGAUACAUUGUCAGAAGGGUCUGAACAAUCUUUACCAAGAAAUAUAUUGUAAAUGCAAAUGUAGAAAAAUGGAUCUAGGACUAGGAAUCCAUUAUGGUCCACUAUGCAUUAUGAGUAUUGUGAGUUCAACAAUUAUUUUUUCUACGUAAGCAGCUUCCGAAGGCUUGACUCGAUAAGGGCAUCUACUUCAACCAGUUUAGCUUAGAGAGCAUUGCCUUUGUAAUGAGUUGAACGUUUCUCCUACCAUGUAACUACGCUUGAAUUCCCACCAAAUUCCACUGUAUUUGGUUGGUGUGUCAGAUUUACAUAUUUGUUUUAAAGUGAAUCUACAUGGGGUAUCAAAAAUUUCCCUCGUGGGUGGGUACUUAUUAGGAAAAAAAACCGAUUUUUAUAUUUUAUGUAAGGGUUUGAGAAUGUU